CAAAAACAGACCAGAUAGCAAUGAUGACACAACAAAUGAGCAGACCGUCACAACUUGAGUUGGUCAACUGGUGCAAAGGGGAAUCAAUAGAUUUGAAACAUGCUCUACUAUUGUAUGGGGUACCGGAAGGUGUUUCGAGAGAUGAAAUAGAAGAAACAGCAGGGACUAUCAAAGCUUUGGGAAAAGUAGUAGUUAAGGGAAAAAUGUUUAACUCCCAACUACAGUCAUUAAUGGUGUUGUGUGAGUGUCGUGAGGAGAUAAACCCCAUGACAAUCCCCCCUGAGAUAAUGCCAAUAAGUGGUGGAAGUGGCUGGAAAGCAGUGUACUACGUUGAACCUCAGCCAGAUGACUUUGAGGGAAAGUUACUCACUUUUUUGCAGAAUGAAGGGAAAACCUUAGAGGAUAUCCAAGGGUUACGCACCCACGGAGGGGAAGUGGAUGGUAAUUCUGAAGCCAUCAUCCGUGCAGUAAGUGAGUUAAUGGUCAGAACAAAUAAACAGCCUGAAAGCCAUCCAUAUAGACGUCUAAGGAUAUUUUCCGGGGUCAUUCCCACCCCAGCUGGGGAAGAAGCCUUAGAUAUCUGGUUGGAGCAAGCGACACUUCUAGUAGAUGAAGGCGAGUGCUCCGAUAAAGAAAAACGUAGACGCAUACUGGAAAGUCUCAAAGGGCCUGCCUUGGAGAUCAUUCAGGCCGUGCGUCUGACUCAACCUGAUGCUAGUCCCCAGGACUACAUAGAGGCCAUAGAGACCAUUUUCGGCAGAGUAGAGUCCGCAGAGGAGCUCUAUCUGUCAUUCAGAGCCCUUCACCAACAGCCUGGUGAGCACCUGUCUGAGUUUCUGCGAAGAUUAGAGAGGUCUCUUGUUAAAGUAGUCCAGGGAGGUGGCUUACCAGUUAGCGCUGCUAACAAAGCUCGGUUAGAGCAGUUAGUUAAAGGAUCCACUUCUGAACUUAUGUUACUUCAGUUGAAAAUAAGGGAGCGAAUGGAAAAUCCUCCCUCAUUCCUGAACUUGUUAAGAGAGGUGAUGGAAGAGGAAGGCUGUCAAGCAGCCAAACAAAGCCAGACCACAUCUAAGUGUCACCAAAGGGUUCGCACAGUUCGGGUGGAAAAGGAGAAAGAGUCUGAAGCGGUCACUCAGAGUGAACUGCAAGCUCAGAUUCAAGAGUUGAGAGCACAGUUAGAGGAAAGAACCCACUUAGGAAGUCGACCACUGUCUGAUUGCACUUUCAAACCCCCAACAGAGAAGCAAAAACAGAAAAGUGAUUCGCAGAGUGAAAUACAGUCACUCAGAAAGCAAGUGAAAGCACUAGAACAUAAAAUGAGUGUGAUGGCGGUGAAGUCUACAAGUGACCCCCCACAAGAA